GCUGAUCGAUGAGUCAGGCAGAGAGCAGCCCGGAACGGUGCCACUUGUAGCUGCGCAGGAGCGGGGUGGCAGGACGUCAGCUCACGGACACACACACACACGGACACACGCACGCACGCACGGACGGACGGAGAGUAACCGUAGAUCCAUCGAGCCCUCGAUGCGUCGCUUUCCUCGGAUCUGAAAUCGUCAAUUUACCGGCAGAUCCCCGCAGGCUGCACAGCGGCUUCAGGGCUCGAUCUCCCCCGCUGCCGCCUCCUGUUCCGCGGCUCUCAGGAAGUCCGCUUUGAUGUCUGCGUCGGCCCCGUAUCCAUCGCCCUGCGGACGCCUCACUGUGGCAUGUGGACUCCUCCUGCUGGCCUCGUCCCCGCUCCUCACAGCAGGCCGACUGAGUAACUGCACCCAUCCGCUGGUGCUGGAGCAUGGAGGGUUCCGCUGUGAUCCGUCGCCGUGUCAGGGUUUCGCCCACAGGAGCUCCAUUCACUUCUUCUGCGAGCCGGGCUACCACAUCAACAACAAGGUCCGUGUGUCCAGGUGUCGCCACGGGAGGUGGCAGCCCCCGAUCCCCGCCUGCAUCCCCAACCGAGAGGGUCCGAACGUGCGCUCUGACGACAGAGUGAACAAUUCGAUGCCCAGCAUGGCCACGACAGCAGUGGGCGUGUCCAUUUUCCUGCUCACCACCACUGCCUGCCUGGUGGUCAAGUCCCGCCUCCUCCCGUGUCAAUCACACAGCAGCCGGCGCCCUUCAGACCAGCUGGACCUGAUGGUGGACGGACUUCCUGUCUCCCUCCCCUCCUACGAGGAGGCGGUGUACAGCAGCUGGGGGCAGCGGCUCCCCGCCUUCUCAGCGCCGGGGGGGGGCCCCACACAGCUCCUAUUGGCUCAAGAGGCUCCCGGCUGUCACCCAGCGUCUCUUAACAAUCAAGACGGCAGCAACCUGCCCAGUCCGGACAACCCGCCGCCGCCAUACGAGGAGGUCCAGUCGUCCCACCAUAGGGACAGGAUGGGGGACGGGGACAUCCGGCAGCUACACGUCGCGUUUUCAGAUGACAAGGACACUUGAUUGACUGCAGGGUUCACAUGUGACCACGUGUUUAGCAAUCAAGGAUUUUGAUUGACAGCUGCAGUGUUUUCUCUGCAGGUGACAAAAAUACAUCCAGUAGUGCACUUUUUCUGACUGGCAGCAGCUCACCAGCAUCACAUUUUGAAAAAGCUGAUAAGCUCUGAUUGGGCGGCUGUGAGGUCACAAAGACCUGAACCAUUUCCACAGGAGAUAUUGAUUGUAAAGUGUGUCCAUUGAAUGUAAGUGACAGAGAAGGGCACUUAUGUGCUUUACGCUGAAAUCUUUAGAUCCCGAAUGCCUUAUUUUUGAUGUGAUGACGGUACAUUUGAUUGGAAUUAGAGUUUUUCACAGGAAAGCCAUGAUAGAAAAUGUGUUUCCAGUGUUGCUCUGGAGCUAUCCUCCAUCCUCUCCAGUCAGUGAGAGUGCGGAUCGUGUUGUUGCAGAGCAAAAAUCCUGUGCGUUUCCACGGCAACUGACUCCAAUUCCAUCUCUAUCUGAAUCUACCUUUGGUAAAGGGUUUCUCUUGGUGGUGGUGUUGAUUUGAAGCCAGCGUGGUGCCCAGAAUAAAGCUACUGAUACCGUGCUUGUGUGGGGACACUUAGAGUGUAAAUGUGAUAAAUGUGAUAUUUAUUUUGUGUAUUUCAGAUAUUUAGAGUGUUCAUUCACUGUGAAGGGACAAAUUAAUAAUAUUUUGAUUAGUUUAAAUGUUUAGUCAGGAGAAUAUAAAUUAGUUGUACAUUUGUUGCAUCGGAGAAGACGCAAAAAGAUGAUUUUAAGUUUUCAUUCAGGACCAAAUGACCCAAAACUAAUCGUACAUUCUGCAUGCGUCAGUGUGCACCCAACUAGCUAGUUCCCUCCAGCCUCUGCAGAGCGACCAACGCCUUUACAGACCCUGAAUGUAUUUUGCGUUUCAUAUUGUGGCAACAACAAGCUAUGGAUUGUAAUAUUUACUAAAAGAUUAUUUGUACAUUGUAUUAUUGCACAGAAUUAUAUGAUCAAUAAAUUGUGAGAUGUUUGA